AUGUACUCUUCGGCCGCCAUUAAGAAGGACGGCAAAUUCGUCUGUUUUGAGCCGUUCUCGAUCACUUCUCCUCCUCCUCGACUUCUUGCCUGUGGACACUCUUUUUGCUCAGCAUGUACAGAUUCACUUCUUGCUGGAUCUACUUACAUGGUAUUCUGCCCAGUUUGCCGUUCACGACUCAACUCUCGCGUCGUCCCUCCGAUCAACUAUCAAUUGCUAGAAUUAAUCGCCGCAGCGGAAGAAGAUACGUCCCAGGUGGCCGUCGCUACAAUGUCUCCUGGAGCAACAGCUGUUCAGGAUGUGCCGCUGGAGCGACACAAUGAGACGAAUCUCAAUGAAUCCGCUGCGAAUGGCAAGCCUGCGGUCAUUGAGACCUCAGAGGUUGUAGAAUCGUGUGGUUGUCCUGUGAAUCUUAAAGCUGUGAAGAAUGCUGUCAGUGAUCUUCCGGAAGAAUAUAAAGAGGCUGCUAAGACGUCAUCGUUGGUGUUUGCUUCAUUGGCUGGACUGUUCUUCUCAGUUGUGCUUUAUCGAUAUCUUCGUCAUCUGUAUUCGCCUGAACCAGAAGGAUUUUUUUGCCAUACGUUCGCCUGGCUGUUUGCUCCACUGUUUGACGCAUUGUGCGAAGUCCAACCUCCUGGAGGAUUUUUUCACGAAAUGAGUCACGAGUCCUCAAUUUUGGCCGGAGAAUUGGUGGACGCGUUGUGGAGUUUCAUUCACUCAAUAUUUGAUGGAUUUCAUGCUAUCGGUACGAUAUUUUCCAAAAUGCUUGAAGGAAUGGUGGGAAAUAUUGACUACGGCAUCCACGAAUUGUUGGAGAACGUGUGUGAAAAUGUGGCCUUUCUUUUUCGAUUCUGCGGACAAUUCCUACAUGCUGUACUACACACAAUCGCCAAUACUAUAUUGGCGUGCACCGAUACAGUCUCCAGAACUUUUCAUUCGAUGACUCAUAAUACGGAGCAGUCGUCAGGAUUCUUCUCAUAA